AUGUCUAAAUCAGCCCUUGCGCCCGUAACGCCCGCAUCUCUCAUGAACCUCUCCGGAUCUGAAUCUACACCAACUACCUCACCCAAAUCUACACCCAAUAUCAAGGCGCGCUCUCUUCUAGCUAAACCUAGUAAUAGUAAUGGAGGAGAGAAAAAAUCUGCUAAUGGAUCAUCCAGGAGACAUAGUGGCAAGCGCCAGCCCGGAGGGGUGAUAACCAAUGCUGGUACACUGGCUCCACGAACUCCCGGAACCACCGCCAUCAUCUCUCCCAUGGCUCCUCCUCCUGGAGGAUUUGCUGCUUUAAUUUCUCCAGCGCUCAAACCGACUUUGAUGCCUCAGCCGCCACAUCAACAUCGAGGAAGUAUUAGUGCACAACCAAUCCUUGUAUCACCUAGAGCCCAACCCAUGCUAGUAUCGCCUGGCUUGAAGCCAUGGCUUCCUGGAGUCUCCGCGUCGGAAGCUAUGGCUCGAUUAGCAUCCAAAUCGAAUUACCAAAAUAUACUAGAUGGUGAUCACACUGCUCUAGGUCUUUCUUACAAUACAGAUUUACACUCAGGCAUCGAGAUGCGACGAACGUCUCAUAAGGCUGCAGAACAGAAGCGUCGGGAUUCACUCAAACACUGUUUCGAUGACCUACGUCAGAUGAUCCCCAAUAUCGUCGACAAGGCUCCCUCCAAAGUCUUCUUGCUCAAGAAGUCGUUUGAUUACAUCUGUUCACUCAAAUUAGAGAUCGCUCAACGAGACUUACUUUUAGCUCGUCAGGAAGCUCAACAAGAUCACUUCAAAAAGUCUAUGGAGGAAUGGAUCUCUUCAACUCUUUCUCUAGUGAACACUGAAGAUGAAAAUAGCAGUGGUAGACCUCCAUCUAUGUUGCCGAAGCCAGAUUUCGAUAGCUGGAAACUAUCAGAGGAAGAAUUGGAUACCAAGACAGUCAAACAGAUCGAAGCAGUCAAAAUGGCAACAGAAAUGGCAGAGCACAGUGCUGAAGCCGUCGAGGCUGCAAGAGCUGGAAAUCAGCAAGGUGGGAGCAAGGAUAAGGAUAGCAAAAGCACCAAUAACAAUACCAACGCGUAUAUCAACAACAAUAAUAAUAACAGUAACAGUAAAAGUAAUGGUAGCAACAGCACUCUCAAUGGCGACAGUAAUAGAGGUAUCAAUACCGGUAAUGGCGAUGGCGUUCAAAGUAGUGCUGCGCGGACCGGCAGUAGUGAAGAUGAUGGUGCCGACCCUACCACGUCACCCACUAUAACUGUGGCUACUACUGCCGAGAACACGUCCUUCACUGCUUCUGAGCCAUCUAUAAGCCAGCAGCAUAGGCAUUCCACGAAUGGUGUAUGUUAUAAUAGUGACAAUAAUGACAAAAAUAAUAAGGAUGUCCAUAUGUCGCCCGCUGGAGAAGGGCCAGAAGUGGAGGAGGGAAUGACCAUGGCAGCUACAACAUCAACAUGUAAUGUUACUGGACUAAAGUCUGGUGAGGUCCAUCGUAUCCGAUCCGGCUCGAUAAAAAGCAAAGACCAGAGUAGUGGUGAAAAUGGCGAAGACUGCGACGAAGAUAAAUCCGACGAAGAAGAGGAGUAUGAUGAAGAGGAGUAUGAUGAAGAGGAAGAAGACGACGACGACGACGAUCAAGAAAUGACCGAUGUUACAACCGGACAAUCAGCAUAA